AUGCUCCCAUUUCUAGCACCGAUUAGAUCAGCCAAUCAUGUAUCACAACAAGGAACGAAAUACUAUGUCGAAAUGACAUUCCUAGCAGAUUCUCCGUAUUCCACACGAUCACCAUCCACAACUGCCGAUCAACAGCCCCAACCGGUCAUACCAACACUGAGAAACCUGGAUGAAGUGGAGACAGUAUCAAAUAAAAGUAGGAGUAGUGAAGGGUUGAAUAAACUAGGCGGGAGCCGUCCGAAUAGUCGAACUUCUCUAAAUACGGCAAUCAAAAAGACGAGUGUGUCCUCACUGCCUACGUCGGCCCGAUCAGAAGGAAAAUCCUCUCCAGUACCAGUCAAAGAUAUUGUGACUCCGGCACCAACGCGGCAUAAGAACAAGGGUCUCGAAAUGUCAUCGGCCAUGAUGGAACUUUUCGGAGGCGGGAGCACGUCACCUGCGCCUUCGAAAAGGGAAAAUGUUGGAUCCGUCUAUCAAAAAGUGGAGAAUCACGAUGCGGCAUAUGAUCGAGCUGUUAACCGUGGCCGCGGAGCCAAUCUCUCCCAACCUGGACCGGAAUGGUAUGAAGGAUUCGACAGGAUGGAUAUGACAAAUAUCGAACUGCCUCCCGACCCGAAUUGCCCAGCAGAGAAAGUGCUACGUGGCGACGACAAAUCCACUCCAGACUUCGAUUCGGAUUGGCAAGAAGCGAAAGAAGACGUUCUUCAAACCACUUCAUCAUCAGGAUCCCUUCGAAAGUUCUAUCCGACCGAAUCGCUUCCCGGACCCGAUAUUGGUGCUGGCGUAGAGGAUGAGGAGGAAGAGGAAGAAGUCGUCGAGCAGGGUGAAGAGCAGCUUCAAUACGAAUCGAAAGUGGGAGACAUCAACAAAGACGACGAAGACAGUGGCUCUUCUUCCUCCAAAAAGGGUCAUCCGUCUGCAUCCGAGAACAACGACGGACGAGGAAGUACAGAAAGUGGAGAGAAUUCAUCGAGUCGACGAGAUAGUGCAUCCGGAGAAGAGACGUCGAACGGACAGAGUGCCGCCGCGCAGUCAACCAACGACGAGAAGAAGGAGAAGAGUGCCGGUGGUGACGGAGGCGAAAUGUCGGUUUUGCUCCUGAAAGGUGCUCAAAUCGUCAAUGAUGAUGCGGUUUUCGAAGCUGAUGUCUGGAUUCAGAAUGGAAUUAUCUUAAACAUCUGCCCGAAUCUCGAACCUCCAGAAGGUGCGCGAAUCAUUGAUGCCACUGGAAAGUACAUUCUCCCUGGAGGAAUUGAUUCCUAUACUCAAGCCACCGACUCAACGAUUGAUGAUAUCGCAACUGCUUGCAAGUCUGCUGUCGCUGGUGGAACAACUACAAUCAUCGAAUUAGUGAGACCACGUGGAUCUGAAUCAAUCCUUGCCGCAGUUAGACGAGUGAAGGCUGAUGUUGAGAAAGCAGCGAUGUGCAAUGUGUCACUUUCAGCAGCGAUCACUGAUUUCAAUGCAACUGUUCAGAGAGAUAUGUAUGAGAUAGUGAAAGAGGAAAAGGUCAAUAGUUUUGUGUUGGAUGGAGUGUCACUUCCAGAUGAUAAACUAUACGAACUAUUUGAUCACGUGAAGAAGCUUGGAGCUUUGAUUCGAAUCAUUCCAGAGAAUAAGGCGAUCAUCUCGAUUCUAGAGAAGAAAAUGUUGAAGAUGGGAAUAACUGGACCAGAAGGAUAUCCACAAUCUAGACCAGAAUCUCUUGAAGCUGAUCAAGUCAGUGGAGUCUGUGUUCUAUCGAAUCUCGCAAACUGCCCCAUUUCAAUUGUUCAAGUUUCAUCUGGAGACACGCUCGCAGCUAUCGAAAAAGCUAGAGGAGACGGAGCAAUGGUUUAUGCUGAAAUUGCAUCUGCAUCUAUUACAGCUGAUGGAAGUGCCUACUUGAAUGAAGAUCUGAAAGUGGCUUCUGCCCAUAUGACGGAUGUUCCAUUGAGAAGAGGAGUGCUGGAGAGGAUGUUGGGAGCUCUUUCGACGCAACCAAUGGUCACUUGCACUUCUGGACAUAGACCUGUGAAUUCUGUUACGAGGAACGCUGCGAAAGAUUUCACUGUUGCGCAGAAAGGAACUGCUGGAGCCGAAGAACGAAUGGCAAUCGUAUUCGAACAGGCUGUCCAAAGUGGUCGAAUUGAUGAGAUGCGUUUCGUCGCUGUCACCUCAACAAACGCCGCCAAAAUGGUGAAUCUCUACCCGAAAAAAGGAAGAAUUGGAGUCGGAGCCGAUGCGGAUCUUGUCAUUUGGGAUCCAAAUGGAAAACGAGUUUUAGAAUCGACCCGCUCGCAGAGCAACCAAGUCAGCUCGAUGUACGAUGGUAUCACUCUUCAUUCAUCUAUUCACACUGUCAUCGUUAAUGGAGUUAUUGCCUAUCAAAAUGGUGAAAUUCGCGUCGAGUCGGGUGGCGGCUACCUACCGAUCGAUGGCAAUUGUCCCUAUCUUUACGCCAAUGUGAGAAAACGCGACAAGUUCUCAAGCACCCAAAAAGUGGAACGAGAACAAUCGAAGCCCCAAGCACCUCAACAAAACGGACAAAUUCACAAAAAUUCUGGAGAAUUCGAUAGAAACCGAACGAAAGUUAUGGAAUCUUCUAUUGAUUUCGGUGGAUCAUCAUCAAAUCGAGGCCGUAAUCCACCAGGAGGAAGAACAACUGGUUUCUGGUAG